AUGGGCGACAACACCGAUGUUGCUGCCAUUGUUGUUGCCGCUGCCAGUGCCAAUGCCAACGCUGCAUUCCGUGGCGCCAAAACCUCUGGCUAUAUAUAUGCCCAGUGCGAUGUAUUGUUCUCCAUCAAGCCACAACCCAAAAAAGCACAGUUUUCCAUUCGAGGCAUGAACGUCAUCGACAACGCCAAGACCCAGGUGGAGGCGGUGUGCAAGCAGACCGUCUCCUGCGCCGACAUCCUCGCCGUCGCCGCCCGUGACUCCGUGGUCGCGCUUGGAGGGCCCUUUUGGACAGUUCCUCUGGGGAGGAGGGACUCCACCACCGCAAGCAAGACAAAUGCAGAAAACGACCUGCCUCCUCCUUCCUCCGAUCUCCAGGACCUCACCACCAAGUUCAGCAACAAGGGCCUAAGCGUAACAGACAUGGUCGCUCUCUCAGGCGCUCACACGAUCGGGCAGUCGCAGUGCAAGAACUUCCGGGACAGGAUCUACAACGAGACCAACAUCGACACGGCCUUCGCGACCUCGCUUAAGGCAAACUGCCCGCAACCCACCGGCUCCAGCGACAGCAGCCUGGCGCCGCUGGACAGGACGAGCCCCAACGCGUUCGACAACGCCUAUUACAGCAACCUCCUUUCUCAGAAGGGGCUCCUUCACUCCGACCAGGUGCUGUUCAACGGCGGCAGAACCGACAACACCGUCAGGAGCUUCGCGUCAAACCCGGCGGCAUUCGGGAGCGCCUUCGCCACGGCCAUGGUGAACAUGGGCAACAUCGCGCCGAAGACGGGGACGCAGGGCCAGAUCAGGCUCAGCUGCUCCAAGGUGAACUCGUAA